GCGCUGUGGUAGUCGCCAGACAGCCGCAGACGAAGAAGAAAGCAAAGGGCACCAACCGGAAGUCCUCCCGGAAUAAGGAAGGUUCUCGAGCAGGGGCGAAAUUCAGUGCAGAGGCCGCCCGGUAGAAGAAAGAUUUCCGAAAAUGGUUAAGAUAUUCGUGGGGAACCUUCCCCGUGAAGCAGAUCAGGAUGAAAUCAAGGCGCUCUUCACGCAGUACGGCACAGUCACCGAAUGUGCCAUCAUCAAGAACUACGCCUUCGUCCACAUGGAUGACCGCAAGGCUGCCACCAAAGCCAUAAAGAACCUGCACCUCUACAAGCUGCACGGCACCCCGAUCAACGUGGAGGCCAGUCACGGGAAGAACCAGGGAUCUGUGAAGCUGCAUGUAGCUAAUGUGGAGAAGGGAGCUGACGAUGAGCUCCGAGCUCUCUUUGAAGAGUACGGUACCGUCACUGAGUGUGCGGUGGUUAAGAAUUUUGCUUUUGUGCACAUGUCGAACUCUGAUGAGGCGAUGGAUGCCAUCAAGGGACUGGACAACAGUGAAUUUCAAGACAAACGCAUCCAUGUCCAGAUUUCUAAGAGCCGCCCCAGACACGAUGAACGGGAUGACUACCCCCCUCCUCCCCCAGACAGGGGUGGCUAUUGGCCCCCUCGCUACCCAGGAGAAAGGCAUGAGCCUCCCCCUCCGAGCUACCUGAGAGGCCGCCUCAGCCACAUCCCUCCAGGUUACCCCGCUCCCCCUCUGCCGCCCCCUCCCCCUAGGCGAGCAGUUUACCCUGACCGUCCCUAUGAAGGGGAGAGGGACAGGUAUGGUGUCGUAGAUUACUAUGAGAAGUACAGAGCCCGUCCUUAUGGCAUUCCCGCUUAUGAAGACCAACGCCCUGGCGCCCCUCCUCCUCCUCCCCCUCCUCCAUCAGCCGUCGUCCGAGAUCGCCUUAUGACCUCGCCGCUUGACCCGUAUGAACGUCGGCCCCUCCCUCCUCCCCCGUCCUCGUACUAUGCCCGAGAUCGCAGCCCCCUCAGGAGAGCACCUAGCGCGCCGAUGCCCCCCGCCAGUAAUGGCUACUCCUACGAGCGCUCACGCCUCUCCCCGGUUUCCAGGGUCCCGGCAUACGGACUACCACGUGCCAGAGACCCCUACGCAGAACGACUGCCUCCGCCACCGCCUGCACGCUACGCUUAUUGAGCAAGGUCCUUACACGUAAAGGACCGUCGUCCGACUGCGUCGCCGCUCGCCGCCUCCUGAUGCACGUGACAUUAUCCUCCUCCUGUCUGUGGCUGAGCGCGUUAUGUUCCUCUGCGGCGCUCACCGGACGAACUGAAUUGCCGACGUCUCUGUCUGAUUUUUGUUUCUAUUAUUUUGACAGUUUUUACACUCGUAUUUUUUCCCCUGAUUGUUUUAGUUCAUCAUUGUGCUGUAGUAUUUUUAAAUGCUUGACGUCUGGUCUGGGCGUUUUUUUAAAUUUGUACUUUUACGUUUGAAUAAUUAGUGUUCUGAUGUUGUGUGUGAGCUUGGAAAGCAGUUUCUAGGCGAUACGUGUGACUGUAGAUUAAUCAGAAUUAUGUUUUGUGUUAAAUCUUUUCUGCACGCUGGUUCCAUAAUGUUAAACCCUGCCAUCCAAAACCCGGCCGUCAUGAGGCGUCUGGGUGAAAAUUACAAAAGUAAUUUGAAAGAAGGAUAAAAGCGCUCAUACACCUGUCCAUUGUCGACCUUGUUUUUAAAGACUAACUUGUGAAGUAAUGUAAAGGUCUGCCCGUAAACAUGCCCUGCGCUUAAACAUCAGUGCUCCCGUUGAGUUCAAACUAAAACCUUUCAUUUAUCUUCGUCAACUUAAUCAACUCUUGUGUUACUGUGAAUCGUAAAAAAAAGAAACCUCGCUAAACUUCCGAUUAAAUCAUCACGCUGAUUGAAGACACAUGUUCUCUGCGAUGCUUUAUUGUUCUAGCUUGUCCCCCCACUCAGAGCCAGAACUGUAACAUUCCCACGUUUACAGCUUAAUGAGCCAAAACUCAACAUUGAGAAUAGUUAACCAUGGCCAUGACAUCAGAAUCUUCUGAAGACCUUCAGAGUUCACAGGUAAGUUAAGGGCUUCAAGGAUGAAGGAUGCAAAAAAGCAAGUGCUGAUAAAUCUUGUUAGUGAUGUACCAGAGGUUUGUAACCAUGAGAAUAAACUGAAUACCAACAGGUCCUCCAGAUUAA